AUGAUUGUCCUGUCGGCGUCUGCGAAAGAGUCGAUCACGGUACAAGACAUCGCGGGUGAAGAGUCGGCAAAGUUUCAGCCAAAGGAAGAAAGUCGUAUCAAUACGACAGAACCAAAGGGAGAGACUAAGAGUGAUCGAGAACAGCCGCGAUCAACGGAAUUGGGAGGGACACAAGUGGAGCCAAAAGAGGAAGCUGACGAUGCCAUGGACGUAGCUGUCUGCUACCUUGAAGGCGGGGACAUCUUCUCUGAAGACGUCGAGAAUAACAUGGCUCCUGCCGGAAGUGAAGGCUACCACGAAGGAAGGACCAUCGACGACAUACAAGUGGAUGAUCCACAUGCGACGCCGGAGGAACGAAAACGACUGCGUAACGCCUUUCCACCGCCCGCCUUCGGAGCUAUUUGCGACAUCGAUGUCGGAACGGCAAAGCCGGUAGCUCAACGAUGUCGACGGGUAGCGCCACAAUUCCGCGAGAAGCUAUCAAUGCUCAUCCAUGGACUGCUGUCGACAAAGAUCAUCACUACAUCCACCUCACCUUGGGCGUCACCCAUCGUAGUCAUCAUCAAAGCUAACGGGGUUGACAUCCGCCUCUGCAUUGACUACCAGGUAGUGAACAGCCUUACGAGGUUGGUGGUAUACCGCAUGCCGUUGAUGAACGACCUCCUUGAAGAUUUGGACAAUGCGCUCUGGUACGGUUCCCUCGAUAUGGCUAGUGCCUUCUGGGUGGUGUCAAUGACCCCGCGAGCAAGGCUGGUGUCAGCGUUCAUCACACCAUUCGGGCUGUUCGAGUGGACGAGGAUAUCGUUCGGGUUAAAGAACGCCCCUCAGACCUACCAACGAAUCGUCGACAAUGGCUACAUGCGCAUCAAACCCGAUCAAGAUAGGUCGAGCCCCGUUGACAUCUUCGAGGAAGGAGAGCCGGAGCCUAAACCUAAGGCGUCGGUCCUCGGGCGGAGGUCGUAUGUGGACGAAAUCCUGGUGACGGGUGACACGUGGGACAGCAUGUGCAACCGUGUCGACAAACUGCUCGACAAACUGUCGAUCAGCGUGGCCAAAAGCUACUGGGGUCGGCGCAAGGUGGCGUAUCUAGGACACGAGGUAUCUUCAGCUGGGCUGGAAGCGAUACCGAAGGAACUCGACACAAUCGAUAACCUUCCGUUUCCCACCAAGCCGAAGGCGAUGCAGUCAUUCCUCGGGUGCUUGAACUAUUAUAGCCGCUUCAUUGAGGACUUCGCAGUCUACUCCGCGAUCUUGUACGAGCUACGAGAGGCACACUUCCAUGCAGUUGCCAAGUUGGACGCAGAAAAGGCUCGUAAGACGCGGAACGAUGAUAGUCAAAUAACUGGGGGCGAGCGCGAUAGGUGGGCGAGAGCAAAGAACGCUUUCACUAUGUUAGAGGCGAAGAUUAUUGCCACGCCGGUUCUGAAGCACUUCAACACUGAAGGCACUCCCGUUAUCGUGCUGUACGCGUACAAGAGUGCUGUGUCAGCGGCCCUGAUGCAGGAACACGACGGCGUGUACCAUCCAGUGACCUUCACCAGUCACACGCUGAAGGAAAACGAACUCAACUAUGGAGUGAUGUAUUGGCUCUUCUGCGAAUCUUGGACGUCUGGUUUCGCAGCUGGUUACCAGAUCGAUCAAGGUCUUGUCACGAUUCUCGACAUUGGCCUGGCUGCUCUAGUCGAAAGGGUUCGACGGUCGACUGGGUAG